AUGGAUUUCACCAGCUCGGGCGGGGGGUUUCCUUCCCGACGUUCUCACCCCAAUCUACACCAUAUUUCGCUGGCUCCACUUACACCUCGGUUCCCCAUUGACGAUGAAGUAGAAUCUGAAGAUUACUUCAACAGUGCUUAUGGAAGUCGCGAUCAUGAAGCCGACCAUCCCUUCAGUACCGAGUCCAAAAUCCAGCCUCGUACAUCUUAUCUUUCCAGUGUCUCAGUACCCAGCACACCACCAAUUCUCUCGCACUCACGCAGCUCUUCUCGUACCCGCCAUGCGCGAAGCAAGAGCUCCACCCGGACCGGCCCAUUGAGUGACACGAACCUCCACAGCAGGACCGUUGCCCUCCCAUUGCACCAUCACCAGUCUGCAUACCAGAAACCUCAAAGCUCGCAUGGGCGACACCAAUUGAGCGAUGCUUCUCAUUCCGCGUCCGCCAAGUCCAACGCGGAAUGGAUACUUCGGGCAGGCAUUGCGCUGGCCUCAUCCACUCGCGAAGAGAAGGGCCAAAGCUGGCUAGCUAAGCGCGAGAGUUCCACCAGUCUAGUGGACUUGCCGUCCGUCGACGAGGCUACGAGCACACACUCCCACCGUCAUCACCAUCGCUCCAAAUCAGGAACCCUGUCUCGCAGAUCUCGCUCUGGCGCGUCCACACCCGCAGCGCGCUCCCGUGCGACCAGCCGACGUGGAAGUCGGGCCGGGUUGACCAUGACCACCAUGCCACCGCUCAUGUCGGCGACAGACGUAACCGGGACUAUGAGCCCUCUGCCGCGAGGAAGAGGCUCAGGCCUGGUUCCUGACUUUGUAGACGAGCAGAUCCGAGCCGAAAUGGCCUCGUUGCAGGGAGAGCGAGGCCUCCAAGAUGACGAACCCGGGCGCUUCCAGGGCGAUGACGACUUCGAUUCUGAAUGUGAUUCGCUUUCUGAGAAUUCAGAAGAUGAAUUUGACGAGGCUGAUCUCCAGCAGCUCACGCGGGAACGUGGGUUUGGGCUGGGCAGCUGGAUUGAUCGACUGGUCGAAUGGACACUGUUCGGAGUGGACGAGUGGCCUGCCCCUGGAGCGACUGCCAAGGCAGAUGCCAAUCGCAUCGACUCGGCAGCUACGUCUACAAACGUCACAUUUGCGGAAUCUGCUGAUGUUGUUGGGGAAGCAGGUGCUCAUUCCGGCAAAUCAGUAAGGUCGGGCUCUACGGAUGAAGAUUUGGAAGAGUCUCUCAGUCACUCAGAUGAGGAGACUGUCAGCGGUGUUGAAAAGCCUGGUGCUCAAGGGGGCUGGGAAGAUGCGAGCUGGCUUCUCAGGGUCAUGAAACGUGCUCUAGUAUAA